UCCAACAGGUUGGUUGGGAGGACUCCGCUGUGGCAUGAUUGAGUCGCCCCAGCUUUGACUUUCGGCGGGAACAGCAGUUUGUGCGAGUCCCUCGGAGGCACCGGGAGCGCUCAGGCUGCACCGCACCUAGGGAAGGGGCUCUGGAGACCUGAGAACUGCUCCGGCCUAGGGUGCAUUCUCUGCUGGGCAGAAGACCGUGGUCCGGGAGCAGCGGGAGACUGAUCCUACUGCAAUUGCGCGUAGGAAAGAGGGGACAAUCGACCCCGCGAUCACAAGGGUGAGCCCGCAGGGUCGAGAGAGCUAGGAGCCGCGGCUGAAGGAAGCGGGGAAAACCGCAGAAUCACAGAUUGGAUUUCCUGGAAUUCAGGGGUAUGGAUAAAUUGGGACAGAUCAUCACCUUAGGCCAGCUCAUCUAUAAAAAGUGUGAAGAAAUGAAACACUGCCAGAAACAGUGCCAGCGUCUAAAGGAGCGUGUGCAUGGCUUGCUACAGCCUCUCCAGAGGCUCCAGGCCCAAGGAGCAAACAAUCUGCCAAAGAACAUGACUGAAACCCUGGACAAUUUUGAGACUGUCCUGCAGGAGGCUAGGCAGCAGAUAGAAAAGUUCAGCAAGAAGUCCAACAUUUGGAAGUUUGUAACUGCGGGCAAUGACAAGAUACUCUUCCUUGAAGUAAAUGAGAGGCUGAGAGAUGUCUGGGAGCAGAUCAUGCUGUGGCUUCAGGUUGAUCAACAGAGCUCUGCUUCAAAAGCAUCCUGGCUGCAAGAAGAUCAAGAGGAUGCAAGAGAGGAUGAAACAGAAAAUCUGCGAGCUCUCUGGAUGAAGGUGAGCAUUGACGUGGAAGAAAUCAAGGAAACUCUGAAACAGUACUCACUACAACCCACACAGAAGAUCCCACAGGAAAAAAUCAAGGAGAUUGAGAAGGAACAUCUUACCAGUUCUCCAUGGACUUUACUGAAGAAAAAUGAGCUCAGCACAUUUUACAGAGGAGAGUAUCACAGAUCUCCAGUCACCAUCAAAGUAUUCAACAAUCCCCAAGCCAGAAGCGUCAGUACAGUGAGGCACGCUUUCCACAACGAGAUCACAACCAUGAAGAAAUUUGAUUCUCCCAACGUCUUGCGUAUAUUUGGGAUUUGCAUUGAUGAAACGGUGAAGCCCCCUGAAUUCUCCAUUGUCAUGGAGUACUGUGAACUUGGAACCCUGAGGGAACUGCUUGAUGAAGAAAAGGACCUCCCUCUGAGUGUGCGCAUCCUCUUAGUCCUGGGAGCAGCCAGAGGCUUGUACAGGCUACACCAUUCAGAAACAUCCAAACAACUGCACAAAAACAUCAGCAGUUCCAGCUUCCUGGUAGCUGAAGGCUACAACGUUAAGCUUGCAGGGUUUGAAUUAAGUAAGACACAAACUUCCAUCAGUCAGAAGACAAAACACACUAACGCAGAGAGAAACCAUCCAACGGCAUAUACCUCCCCUGAGAGACUGAAAAAUCCGUAUCGUAAAUAUAACAGACAAGCUGAAAUAUAUAGCUUUGGAAUUGUGCUCUGGGAGAUUGUCACUGGAAAGAUCCCAUUCCAAGGUUGUGAUUCAAAGAAGAUCUAUGAGCUGGUAGCUGAGGGCCAGAAGCAGGAGCCAGUGGGUGAAGAUUGCCCUAAGCUAUUGCAGGAGAUCAUUGACGAGUGCAGGGCCUAUGAGCCCAAACAAAGGCCCUCUGUGGAUGAAAUCUUAGAGAGACUGUCUGCAAUUAACUGAAGUUGUGUAUGCAAAGCUAAACGGAAGACUCCCUGGACAAGAAACUGGAAGAGAAACAAACUGGACAUUUGUCUUUCAUAUCUGUUAGUAUCAAGUUUUGCUAGGUGCAAAACUUUUUCUUUUCUUUUUUUUAAAUGUAGUCUCACCAUGUAGCCCCUGUUAGCUUGGAACUUGCUAUAUAGAACAGACCGAGUUCAAACUGAAAGAAAUCUUCUAGUUUUGCCUCCUCAAUGUUGGGAUUAAGGGCAUGGGCCACCACACCUGGCAAAGUUCUUAUUUGUU